AUGGAUGCUGCCAACGAGGAAAUUCUGAGGCAAGUGUUCGGCGACUCAUCGGACGGCGAGGACUUGGAAUUGGGAGAUGGAUCUGACCCAAGCCAUUGCUGGGAACCAAUCAAAGAAAUCAAAGGGUUGUGGUUGUGCAGAGACUUCCUCCCUCCUCAACGCCAGUCUUCCUUGCUCUCCACAAUCCAAAACGAAGGAUGGUUCACUCAAGCCUCUCACAAUCAGGCUAUGAGAUUUGGAGACCUUCCAUCAUGGGCGGCUGAGCUUUCGCAUUCUAUUCGCAAGGUUGUACUUGCGAGUGACUUUGUUCUUGAACCUAUAGUAUUGGGAAGUACUGAUAAUGUGAACGAGAAUGCAUGUUCAUUUCCAUCAGAUCUUUUCUGCAGAGAGCCACUCUUCGACCAACUAAUUCUAAAUUCUUACCAACCAGGUGAGGGGAUCUGUGCACACAUUGACCUUAUGCGAUUUGAAGAUGGAAUUGCCAUUCUCUCCCUGGAGUCAUCAUGCGUGAUGCAUUUCAGUUCAGUUGAUGGAACAAGCAGGGGCUUUUUAAUGGAUGGUGAAAAGGAUCCGGCCAUGGCCAAGAUUCCUGUUUAUCUUACCCCGGGAUCCCUAAUUUUUAUGUCAGGAGAAGCAAGGUACCUCUGGAAGCACGAGAUUAACCGCAUGCCUGGAUUUCAGAAGUGGGAAGGGGAGGAACUAAAUCAGAAGAGGAGAAUCUCCAUAACCCUGAGGAAGCUUUGCCAAGUUGAGUAG